AUGUCAGAAAAGAUAUCUGAAGAAAGACCGAUACGGCUGGCCGUUCUGGGGGGAACAUCUACUGGUAAGACAUCGCUGAUAUCUAGGCUGACAGUCAAUAUAGUUCAUGAGGUUCACUACCCAACAAGAAACCAAACUAACUGGCUUUUUGACUUCGUUCCUACAUCGAUCUUGGCUAGAACUAUAUUAGACGAACAAGCUCAUGAAAGACUUUCCCUUCGCUCCCCAAGCAGCCAAACUCUAGAGCCUAUUUUCCCAUCCCCAGAAGUCUCUAGAAAUGUAUUACUGUCACCAUUAGUAUUUCAAGCAUCCACCGAUAAUUUUCAAGCGGUGAGAUUACAGAAUAAAAGCCAUUCUAAGAGGUCUUUGUCAUUAGAUAAGUCCGAUUCGCCGUUCUACCAGACUUUUUCUAAUGAAAAUCAAGAAACAGAUGUCCUCAAGAAUAACAAAACAGAUAAGUUUAAUAUUGCUAACCAUUUUAAAUUGCCUCUGAAUUACAUUCCUCCUGAAUACACACCUAUCCAAAUUGAUAUUAUUGAUACACCUGGUUUCAGUCCUGAUAGCGUAGUGCCAUUCUUGGAAGUAUCACUUUUCAGGGAUCUAGGAAGAUCCAUUUUGCAUGGGUUAGCAGACGAGCCAAGACAGCCUGUAUCCACCACUUCAUUGUUGGUUGCCUCUGGUGCUUCUGAGUUAAAUGGUAAAAUUGACGGCUAUGUUUUUAUCUAUAGUGCGGUCCCUGAACUAAACCAUGCUGGAGGCCCCCCAGAAUAUGGAGAUGAUGUACUGAGAACAGAUGCGGAGAGAGUUGAUGAUGGUGGAUUUGAGUUAUUAAAAGUAAUCAGAAAUUGCAUUUUGGAUGCUUGGACUGAAUUCCGAAAUUAUGAGAAAAGAUGGGAAGAAGGCAAAGAAGACGACAUAUAUUCAUUGGUUUACAGUUUGAAACAUCUUUGGAGCAAAAAUAACAAAGAAAAGACCGCCAAGAUAGAGCAAUUAAGAUCUUAUAAUACUAAACUGAAAUCCAUUGAACUAGACCCUUCGUCUCCUGAUUCACCGCCACCAUGUAUAAUUGUUUGCUCUCAUGUUAAUCAUGAGUUGGCGAGUCCAAUGCUAAUUGAGAUGGGGAGACAGCUGGCAACGAAAUGGAAGUAUGGGUUUGUGGGUAUAGAUAGCAUGGAUGAUCUCAAUGUUGAUGUGGCCAUUAGUCUGCUCGUCAAGGAACUAUCGGAAAAGAUGAAACUACUAAUCGCAAACCCUGCCGGAAGUGGCAGCUGUUUAAAUUCAACCUACAACCCUCAUUUGAUAAACGACAAGAAGAAAAACAGCACAUCUGGUUUAAACUCAAGUAUGUUUAAAAAAGUUAUUAAAUGA